AUGGCUGCCGCAGGAGGAGCUUCAAGCAUCAUCACCCAGGUGCAACAGGGCGGGCCGCCUGUUGCCACUCUGGGAGAUGUUGGUGCUGACGAAACAAUUGCUAUGGACCUGAGGGGUACAAGGUUUUAUCUCUCCAGGGAUGAAUUGCUCACUUUACCUGAGUUUGUUCUUCUCUCUUUGUUCCCCAAUGGUUUGUUUCCUGAGGGUCAAAUGGGCGGUUUUUCUGACGGCGAUGCCGUGCAAGUAGACUACGACCCAGCUUCGCUUCAGUACAUGCUUGAUUUCUUCAGGGACGUCGCACAGUCUAUCCCCACAGAUGGAUCACCAAGUGCUUCGCAAGACGAGGAUACACCAUCUCUUGGUACAUCUCGUGACGACUCUAAGCGAGCCGGUAUCAUUGUACUCCGUGAGGACCUUGACUUUUACGCUAUCCCUCCCCGACCAGACAUUGGUCAGCUUGAUAUGAUUGCCGUGAAACGGGCAGCCGCAGAGGCUUUGCAGCAACAGUCUGGCAUCUUUUCCGGACUCAAGCGAAGUGACGAGCCCGGUACUACUGAGGCCCAUCUUAUUGAAAUGUUGACAGCAGGUGGUUUCAACCACGACGACCGAUGGGGUCACCGUGCUGGCGAGCCUAACAAGGCUGUCAUUUGCAGUUUGGCACUUGCCCGUCUGCGCAGCGAUAUCCGGGGCAACGAGAUGGGUACCAACGCCGUUGGCAUGGCCCAGAAGCUUCUCCUCUUCUGGCGCAAGCCCGCCCGACGAUGCUGGUGGGAAGGUGUUGAACUCGAGAACGUUGCUGGUGUCGAGGGCAAGCUCAAGGUCUGGAUUCGAAGAGUAUGGACCCUUGAGAUGAGUGUUAUUGGCCUUCGUUAA